AUGCUCAAAGAAUAUAAAUACUGCGUUAUUUUCUUCAUCCUUUGCAAUAUUCUUUUCUUACUUUACUACUUUUCAGAUUAUCUUCAGCCCUCAGAUUCGACCGUUACACUAUCGUCUUUCAUAGAUGAUACCUAUAUCAAACACCCUCCUGGUGUGGACCAGAACUUAACAAUCUUCAUCGGGAUUUUUACCGUCUAUGAGAAAAUCGAGAUUAGAAAUUGCUUGCGCGAGGUGUAUACACACAAUAAUGUCGCUCUAGCGCGAUAUCUCGGAGUAAAGAAAUCGCCUGUGACGAUUAGGUUUAUCCUGGGACUGCCAAAGGAUGAACAUAAUAAAGAUAAGAUGGAGGAGGAGUCUAAAAUGUACGGGGAUAUUGUUAUUUUAAAUAUUACAGAGAACGUGGACGAUGGAAAGACGUUUGAAUAUUUCAAGUGGUUUGCUAAACAUAGAGAAGAUAAUUAUUUCGUCAAAUUGGACGAUGACGCUUUCAUCCAUCUUAUUCACUACUAUCGUGAACUUCAAGAUUUACCAAGACAACGUGCAUACUAUGGCGCUGUGUACUAUGGCAAAGGUCCAGAUGAUGAUCGUGCAUUCUCGUCCAUGGGAGGUGCGGGAUAUACACUCUCUCGUGACCUCAUUAUAGACAUUGUUGGUUCAGACUGGGUUAUUUCAAACGUCAAUGGUUAUGAGGAUCGAUUAGUGGGUGAUUGGAUAUGUUAUGUGGCUAGAGAGAAGAAUUACUUUGUGCAUUAUGUCGGCUUUACAACAACUUGGAAGCCCAUGCGCCAAAUUCCAUUCCAUGAUUUUGACAAUGAUCUGGACCUCGAUUCCUCUGUUGAGAUUAUCUUAAUCCAUCAGUUAAAGGGCAUCGAGAAGUGGAAUUCUAUGAAGAAUACGUACCUCGAAUAUGAAGAUGGAGCACCAAUACUCAGAGUCAUUCGGAAUUCAACCACAAAAGGCCUGGUUACAAAGAAAGAUAUUGUUCCAGAAUGCUGGAAGAGCGAACAGAUUUGGAAUCAAACUUUGCAGAAUACCUACAAGAACUGGUUCUAUGAGGCAUGGGGUUUUAAGGAAGGGAAGUAUUCUUAUGGGCCUGCAUGA